AGAUUUUAGUUCCUUUGCAACCCAAAGCAAUCUCCCUCUUUCUCUUCUUGAUUGUUGUUGAUGGUAUUCAACAAUCAAGAAUUGUCUGAGUUCAUAAUCUAAACCUACAAAUAAAGGGAGAAAAAAAGAAGAAAAAGAGAAAAGUAAAUCUCAAUCGCCUUGAUUUUGUCUCUCAGAGAGGAAAUGUUAACAUUAUUUAGCAACAAAAAUCCUCUUUGGAAAUGGUGUCUCGAGAAUGUUGCUUUUUCUAUGGCUCUCUCCUUCUAACUCGGUUUCUCAACGUCUUCUAGAUUGGGUAUUGUGAUAAAAAAAUUUAUAACUACGGUUGCUCUCUAUCAGGAUUUUCCUUGCAUAAUUAAAGAUGACGACAAAAGUGAAAGGUCUUUUUAAAGGACUUAGGUAUACCAUCUCUCACAACAUCUUUGAUGAGAAAGAGCCAGAGUUCGAGAUCGGCCUUCCCACAGAUGUAAAACACGUUGCACAUAUUGGAGCAGAUGGCCCUUCUUCCACCACUCCAAGUUGGAUGAAUGAGUUCAAAUCAAGCCCAGAAUCCAUGAGCGGCCCUUUGAAUUCUACAGAUGACCUCAAGAGCCUUCCUUCACCAAAAGCACAGUCUGAAGCCGGCGGGUCAACCAAUAAGUCCAAGCACAAGUCAAGGCGCUCAUCCAGCGACGCGCCGAAGCACUCGAGGCGGCCGUCGAACGCCAGCAGCGCGGCCAGCUCUCCGGCGAGCUCGCCCAAGGCCGGCGACGUCGAGAGGAAGUCGAGGCGCCACCGCUCUUCCAACACCAUGGGAUCCCCUGCCCGAGAGUCGUCCGGCGGCGGCAGCGUCAAAUCGAGGAAGAGCAAGAAAUCGUCCUCCAACCAGGGCGACGUGUCCCCCACCGGCGCCGCCGACCAGCCGUCCAUCCCAAAGCAUUCUCGCACCAGGAAGUCGAGGGCCAGAUCGAAGGACCAGCCCGGCGAGAAUUCCGCUGCCGCCGACGGGCUUCCUCCGACGGCGGACGGCGGCUCCACCAAGAGCAACACCGCCGGCCAUCUAACCUCGGUUUUGGACGCUUACCAAGAUGAAAGGUGAUGAAUUGAUUAAUCAAAACAAAAAUUGAAAGAAAACAAACCUCGGUGGUUUGAUUUGUUUGUGGGUUUUAGAAAGCUUGAGUACCCCUGCCCAAUCGAAGUGUUUUUUCCCUCCAAAAAAAUUUCUUGUUGUUGUUCCUUUUUUUGACAAUUGUGUUCUUUUUUGUUGCUGUUCAAAAGUUUCUUCCUUUACUUAAUUUUCUUGUUUUUCUAAACAUCGUCAUAGCUAGAGCUUUGUAUCAAUUUGGAGAAAGGUAUAUAUGUAACAUUGUAUUAAGUGUUUAAAAUGAUUUGGAGAAGGCAGAGAGGAAAGGAGUUGUUUACUGUUUCCUUGUAAACUUCUUUUGAGAGUUGAUAAUAAAUGAAAUCAUUCAUUUUGUACUUGUUCACAA